AUGGAAAGUAGUGAAAAGAAGCGAAAAAGAGGAGCUACAAAGCACUGUGCGUAUGGAAAAUGUAACAGUGAUUCACGGUACCUAGAUCGACCCGAGAUGAAAGAUGUAUUUUUCAUCCGAUUUCCGAAACCAGGAAAGGACUUUGAAAAGUGUGUUCGCUGGGUGAAAGCCUGCAGUAGGAAAGGUUUUGAUGAAACAUGGGUGAAGAAGGACACCUACAUUUGCAGUAUACAUUUUGUAGGUGGAAAAGGUCCCACCGAUCUCCACCCAGAUCCGAUCCCUGCAAACGCCACGAAAUACGAUGUCCAGCGAUUUCAAAAGACACCCAGAAGGAAAGUACAAAGAUGUUUUUCUCUCGCAGAAUCACAAAACACAAACAGGAAAAAUGUCAGCUUAUCUAAACCGUUGCAGUACCAAAGGCAUGCUGAGCAAGAAGUCGCAGAGAUUUUACUGUCGUUAAGUGAAAAUGUAGUAUUUAGUUUAUAG